AUGCUUCUCGUGGACUAUAUCGUGGAAUAUGACUAUGAUGCAGUACAUGAUGAUGAGUUAACGAUCAGAGUUGGGGAAAUCAUCAGGAAUGUGAAAAAACUGGAAGAAGAAGGAUGGUUAGAAGGGGAGCUAAAUGGCAAAAGGGGCAUGUUCCCUGACAAUUUUGUGAAGGAAGUUAAGAAGGAUGUAGAACCCAAGGAUGAUGCCGUGCCAGUCAGGAGGGAGAAAUCUGGCAAUGUAGCCAGCCUUGUGCAGCGUAUGAGCAGCUAUGGGCUUCCAGCAGGAGGAUUUCAGCCUCAUCCUCCAUCCAAAACCUUCAAGAAGAGGUCCAAGAAGCGGCAGUGCAAAGUGCUCUUCGAAUACAUCCCACAGAACGAGGAUGAGCUGGAACUCAAGCUAGGGGAUGUGAUCGACAUCAACGAAGAGGUAGAAGAAGGCUGGUGGAGUGGAACACUAAAUGGCAAAGCCGGGUUGUUUCCUUCAAACUUUGUGAAAGAAUUGGAAUUGACAGAUGAUGGAGAAACACAGGACACUCUGGAUGACACAGAGCCUGUUUUCAGUGGUCCUACCUCACCUGUGGUCUCUCCAGGAAAUGGGAAUGAACCUGGAUCUGGACCAGCACAGCCAAAGAAAAUCCGAGGUAUUGGAUUUGGAGAUAUCUUUAAAGAAGGCUCAGUGAAACUUAAGACGAGAUUAUCCAGUACUGAAUCAGAAGAUAAAAAGCAAGAUAAGUCAUCACCUAACCAUCCCGCUGGAACAAAGCUAAUUCAUUUUCCCAGUACAACAAAACCUGAAAACUCUUCAGAAGUAGUAAAAUCAGAAGCUGAAAGUAAACCAAAAGCCAAGGAAUAUUGCAGGACAAUAUUUUCCUAUGAAGGCUCAAACGAUGAACUCAGCUUUAAAGAAGGCGAGAUCAUUCAAAUAAUCAGUAAGGACACUGGAGAGCCAGGCUGGUGGAAAGGAGAACUCAAUGGUAAAGAAGGAGUCUUCCCAGACAAUUUUGCAGUUCAAAUACAAGAGUCUGAUAAAGACUUCCCU